GGCUAACACACACUCGCGCACACACACACACACACACACACACACACAUAGACAUUGGCUCGCUGAAAAGGCAACAAAGAAAAAAUUUCAAGUGCACAUAAUUUGGCCAUCACAGUGUGCACAGAUUUUUCCCCGCUGUCGGCUGCUGUCCCUGUUUUUGAGGGAAAUUUUUGGCAUUUUUGCAGCUUAACUUGCUAAACUAUUUGCUGAAAUUUCUGUGCAAGGCUCGGCGAGGCAGAACGAACGAGCAACAACAACAACAACAGCAACGACAACGACAACGACAGCAGAGAGCCGUAGAAGGACCCCCACAAACCGGAAAAAGCUUCCAGGAAAAAGACUGAAGCCGCUGCCAGGCAACCAGAAACCAGAAACCAGCACAACCCACCGCCGAUGACAAAAGGGGCCACCGCCAAACCGAAAGCGAAAGAGUUGUGUGGAGUAUUUUUUUUGGGCAUGCAACAACCCCGACACAAACGACGACAGGAUUUGUUGGUUCAAUAACUGCCAGGGGGGCCAACGUCGUGGCAACGUCAAAAUACAGCACCCAAUAUGUACAUGGCAGGGGAGACAUUACUCGGCGACUGGACGCAGGCGUGGCGGGUCACCAGUCUACAGCCAACGCUCGGCCAGAGCACAGCCACAAUGUACGGUCGUUUGCCGGGUUCCAAUAAUGCUGCCGGGGGUGGCGGCGGCGCUGGUAUUGGCAGCGGUGGGGCCAACGGUGGAGGCGGCGGUCAGGGCCAUGACAAGCUCAAAAUUGGCUUUUGCACGGACCUGGACAAGUCGGUGCUGGUGAACAACUUUGAGAAGCGCGGCUGGCAUCAGGUGAACGGCGAUGAUGAUUGGCACUUCUACUGGGCGGGGGUGCAGACCUGUCGCAACAUCUUUAGCGUGGACAGCGGCUAUCGGAUGCACGACAACCAGAUGAUCAAUCACUUUCCCAAUCACUACGAGCUGUCGCGCAAGGAUUUGCUCGUAAAGAACAUCAAGCGGUAUCGGAAGGACCUCGAGCGCGACGGCAAUCCGCUGGCGGAGAAAACAGAGUCGAAUAAUUCGAGUGGCAAUCGUUACCUCUACCUGGACUUUGUGCCCACCACCUUCGUCCUGCCGGCUGACUACAACAUGUUCGUGGAGGAGUACCGCAAGUUUCCGCUGAGCACCUGGAUUAUGAAGCCCUGCGGCAAGUCCCAGGGUGCGGGCAUCUUUCUCAUCAACAAACUGUCGAAGCUCAAGAAGUGGUCGCGCGAGGCCAAGGGACCGUUUCAUCCGCAGAUUGCCAAGGAGUCGUACGUCAUAUCCAGAUACAUCGACAAUCCCCUGCUGAUUGGCGGCAAGAAGUUCGACCUGCGGCUGUAUGUGCUGGUGGCCUCAUUCCGUCCCCUCAAGGUGUACCUCUUCAAGCAGGGCUUCUGCCGCUUCUGCACUGUCAAGUACGACACGAGUGUCACCGAGCUGGACAACAUGUAUGUCCACCUGACCAAUGUGAGUGUCCAGAAGCACGGCGGCGAGUACAACACCCUGCACGGCGGCAAAUGGUCCGUCCAGAAUCUGGCCCUUUUCCUGGAGGGAACGCGUGGCAAGGAGGUGACGGAUCGCCUCUUUGGGGCCAUCUCCUGGCUGAUUGUCCACUCACUGCGCGCCGUGGCCCCGGUGAUGGCCAGCGAUAGGCAUUGCUUCGAGUGCUAUGGCUACGACAUCAUCAUCGACAACGCCCUGAAGCCCUGGCUGGUGGAGGUCAAUGCCUCGCCAUCGCUCACCUCUACGACGGUGAACGAUCGCAUUCUCAAAUACAAGCUGAUUGACAACAUACUCUCUGUGGUCCUGCCCCCCGAUGGGGUGCCGGAUGUGCGCUGGAACAAAGUACCGAGUGCCGAUGCCCUGGGCAAUUUUGAUCUGCUCAUCGACGAGGAGCUGGCGGCCCAGGAUGAGGCACAGAACAGCACCACAACGACACAUGCCAAGGCCUCGAAGAUGGGCAGCCGCUGGAAGUGACGAAGGUAGACCUGGGCAAAGACCAGGUAAUUUUCCGCAUACGAAUCGAAAUUAUCUUUGUUUAGUAUAUUCAGAAAUUGUUGUAAAAUUGAAUUGAAGCAUGCUAUUAUAUGGAAAUUGUAAUGUAGA